AUGGAGACCCUCAACGAACGCGCAGGCUUCCUCUGCAACUACGAGGUCCUCGCCAUCCUCCGCCAGCAGCGCGACGACCGCCAGACCCGCAUCAAGACCCUCCAGCAGCAGCGCAAGAACGGGCCGCGCGCAGAAGAGUUCGGCACCCGCGACGAGAUUGAGCGCAUCCAGCCCCAGGACCUGCACACCGUCACCUUCGAGGCCCUGCGGUACCUCGAGGACAGCGUGCACCCGACCCGUCGACAGACGGGCGACGCCGUGUCGACCCUUCUCGACGAGCUCGAGCAGCUCCAGCUCACAAAGGCCGAGCGCCUCCAGGUCGUCAACCUCGCGCCGACGUCCCUUGUCGAGCUUCACGUCUGCAUCGAGGACAUUGUCGAGCGCUUCGACGACGCGCAGCAGGAGCACCUCCUCUCGCUCGUGCGCUCACACCUGGGCGCCGAGUCGACUGCGACGGCCGCCGCCAAGCAGGCCGAGGAGGAGCGCGUCGCGGCUGCGGCCACCGCGAUGGACGUCGACGGGCCCGACGGCGUCGACGAGCGCGAGCAGGAGGCGAUCCAGGACGACGAGGGCCUCGUCGACGAGAAUGAGGCGUGGACGAGGGCUGGCGACAAUGUCGAGGACGACAUUGACGAGGUCGCAGUCGCCCCUCGUGCCCUCUCGGCCGGCCCCCAAGCCCUCCCAACCGACCCGGUCCUCGUCAAACGCCUCAAGUCGGACGCGCUCGCCGAGCACUUCCGCUUCGCGCCAGAGACGUUCGCCAAGGGCGGCAUGGACCUCGCCAACCGCACCAUGUACACCGCCACCGCCAAGGUCGAGCAGAGCCUCCAGAAGCUCAUCGAGGACGGCGUCCCCGGGUUCGAUGAGGACGAGGUCCAGCGCGGCGUGUACCGCCUCGAGACGCUGCUCGAGGACGCCAUCGACACCCAGUUCGACCUGUUCGAGAUCUACGUCCUCCGCAACACGUUCACUUUCAAGGACGAGCUCCUGCCGUACCUCGCCCUUCCUCAUCAUGAGCACCUCGACUCGUCGCUGCGCGGCGCCGACGCACCCGCCCUCGAGGCGUACGAGGCCGAGCUAGCCGCGUACGAGCACGAGCUCGAGGUCGAGCGCGAGCUUGCGGCCGCAGAGCUGUUCCUCCAGGCCAAGGUGGCGCGCGCGAGGGAGACGGCGGAGCUCGUCGGGUACCUCAAGCCGCCUGGCAAGCUCGACCCGGCCGCCCCACCUCCUUCGACCGCCGCGCUCCUCUCGACCCAGCUCACGGCGCUCCAGUCCCGCCUCACCGACCUCCUCGCGACCCCAGCUCCGCCACCUCCCUCGUCCGCCGCUCACGAUGUCGGCGCCGCCAUCCCUGGCGCGCCCUGGUCGGCGAGCCGCAGCGCGUUCGUCAACUGGGCGGCGGCGGCCAAGGCGGGACCUGGAGGAGCGAGUGCGGCGGGCAACGCGGCGGCGAGGGGCGCGAACGAGGACGCGACGGUCGAGGGCCUGAGGCGGCAGGCCGAGGAGACGGGCAGUGCCGGCGACGCCAAGGGUCUGCUCAGUCUCGCCGGCGCGAGCAAGUGA